UCGGUGUCGGCAUGCUGCUGACUACUCAAAUAUGUCCACGCUGCCGGUGCUGCUAGCGAAUGUCUGCGCUUUUAUUGCGCUUUAACUGCGGUUGUGAUGAUUUGACACGUUUCCAAACAGGUGGAAUAACUGGUAUUAGUAGGUAACGUUCCCAUUAGUACAGAGGAGGUUAGCAGCAGCCAUGGCAGGUAAAGGACGCGGAGUGGCAGCCUUCACCUUUAACAUUGACGCCCUGGGCAUCGGCAGGGGCAGCAUGCCGGAAGCCAGGGUGGGGCCCAGUCCACUCUUUCCAGUGCCGGACUUCAAGCCUGUGCCACUGAAGGCGGGGGAGGUGGAGGACUACAUGCUGGCUCUCAAACAGGAGAUGAGAGGAGCCAUGCGGCGGAUGCCACACAACAUCAAGUUUCACGCCAAAAAGGCAGAUGUGCAGAAGUACACGGAGAGGUACUUGCAGCAGAAGCAGGAGGACGAUGAGGACUGGACACCAGAUUGGAAUCUCUUCCCCAAAGAAUUGAUGCCACAAAAGAAAAAGGCCAAAGUGAAAACAGGCCAGAAAAAGAAGAAAGCAGUGAAGAUAUCCAGCAAAGAUGCAGCAGAAGUGUUGACUAAAUUAAAUGAGCUGGAGAAGAAAGACGACGGGGACAAGUCUGAUGAAGAGAAACCAAAGAAGACAGGAAACGAAGAGGAGGAGGAAGACAUUGAAGGCGAGGAAUACGAGGAAGAGGACAUUGAAGAGGACAACGAUUACAUCGAAAGCUACUUUGACAACGGAGAAGACUUUGCAGCGGCCAGUGACGACAACAUGGACGGAGAGGCAACCUACUGACAAGUCAGGUGACAUUGUUAGACUGCUUUCAAAAGGACUAUUUAUACUUGAAAAGAGCUUGCUUUAAAGCAGCGGUUCUUAACCAUAGGGCGAGGGCCGCCACUAAAUGUUUCUCGCAGCUGUAAUACACUUUUCCACCACUUGUGGCAGUAAUGACAAACUAGCUGAAGUCAGAGGCACAAAAAUGAUGACUAAAGUGGUGAAGUUGUAUUUUCAAAAGAGUGUUUUUCCAGAAACGUAUAUUAUUGUUAAAUUGGUUUACUUUAGCAUUGCUAAUUGUAAAUAUAUUUUUCAUCAGUUUUUAUUAUUUCGCAGUAUAUUUGACCAGUACUUAUUUUUGUAAUCAGUCUGACCUAAGCCUUGAUGACGAUCUUUCUGAUCGACACAUGCUUUCAUACCGUUGGACGAGGUUGUACGCUGUAAAAGGUUGGAUAUAAUUAGUGGGCCCCGAGGUCCAAAAGGUUAAGAAGCCCUGCUUUAAAAGAGUUGUGUAAAUAAGAAAUGCCAAACUGUAUGCACACGGGCAAUAUUUGAAAAUAGACUUAUUUAUUGUCCAGCCUGUAAGAAUAUUUCCACAGGUUGAAAGGCACAUAAUGUCAACAUUUGAAGUACAAGGGCUUACACACACACACACACACGUCUGAGGAAUGCUGUGCAAUUCUUCACCGAGCUUUAUCGCUUUAUUUCAGAUGUCACUAAUGUCUAACUUCAAUACUAACAAGUGUACGAUGGCACAAUGGUCCUGAAAUAUAUUAUUUCUCAAUGAUGUCACCGUGUAAUAAGCUUAAAACCAGGGAUGUCCAAAGUGCGGCCUGGGGGCUCAUUUUCUCCCACAGCUGUUUUUUUUUAAAUUAUUGGCUCUUGACAGAUACUGUGUACUCUAUGGAAGCCUGUUUCUGCCACUAAAUGACUAUAUAUAUAUAUAUAUAUAUAUAUAUAUCCCAAUAGUAAGUUUUAAUUGAGAUAGUCAAAAAUAUGAAAUAAAAAGUCGUAAUUAUGAUGUUAAAAAAUUAAAUUAUGAGAUAAAGUUGAAAAUAGGAUGGGAUAUAAUUUUGAGAGAAAAAGUCAAAAUCAUGAGUCAAAAAUAUGAAAUAAAAAGUUGUAAUUAUGUUAAAAAAUUAAAUUAUGAGAUAAAGUUGAAAAUAUAGGAUGGCUAUAAUUUUGAGAGAAAAAGUCGAAAUUAUGAGUCAGAAGUAUGAAAUAAAAAGUUAAUUAUGAUCUUAAAAAGUUUAAAUGAGAAUUCGAAGUCAUGAGUCAUUUCAAAAUUAUGACCUUUUUAUUUAUAUUAAAAUACAAAGUCUUUAUCUCAUAAUUUUGAAUUUUAAUCUCGUAAUUGACACCCCCCCCAAAAAAAAGUGUGUUCCUGUCUCUCAUAAUGAUGGUGAAUGAUAGGCAAAGUUUCAAAAAAAGUGCAGGUCCCCUUUAUUGUACACAAUUCCACCGUGCAGCUUUCAUUUUUUCUGAAUGUGGCCCUCGAUGGAGAAAGUUUGGACACCCCUGCUUCAAAUCCAAAAUGCACAAUAAACUUUUCAAUGAGUCCUGAAAA